CUUCGGCCAGGAUUCCGCCGGCCGCUGCUCCUCACCAGUUUCAGUUUCUCCGCCGCAGUUCCAUGGGUUUCAGUCUCUGAGCUGCGAUCCUGGAUGUUGAUGUUUUUCUGGUUCUCUUGUGUGUAUCUGUAGAUCUGCUGAUUGACUCUUGAAUGGAUUCGACGAAUCAGUACCUCAAAGAAUCGAAAACCUCGUAUUUCCUCGUGAUCUGUUUCGUCCUGGAGUUCAUCUGAGCGACGGGCGCCUCCCGUUGUGCUUUCUCGAACGACAUCUCCGUUGCGUCUGGCUUUUCGUCGAUCGGUUGGGGGACGCCGCGGGGGAAGCGUGUGAAGUUAGGGUUCUUGACCGAUGAUGCCGUGCCUGAGGCCGGAUCCGGCGGACGUGGACGCGGAGCCUUUCGAGGAGAUCGAUCCCUCCGGGCGGUACGGGCGGUACGGCGACCUGCUUGGCGUCGGCGCCGUGAAGCGGGUGUAUCGGGGCUUCGACCAGGAGGAGGGGAUCGAGGUGGCGUGGAACCAGGUCCGACUACGUAGCUUCAGCGAUGACAACCAGGUGCUGAACCGCAUCUUCGGGGAGGUGCGGCUGCUUCGGGCGCUUCGGCAUGAGAACAUCAUCUCGCUGCACGACGGGUGGAUGGAUGACGACGGAGGCGGCAGCACGCUCAAUUUUGCCACCGAGUUCUGCAACUCCGGCAGCCUUCGGGAGUACCGGAAGCGGCACCGCCACGUCUCGCUCAAGGCCCUCAAGAAAUGGUCGCGCCAGAUACUGAAGGGCUUGCACUACCUCCACAGCCACGAGCCGUGCGUCAUCCACCGCGACCUUAAUUGCUCCAACGUCUUCAUCAAUGGCAAUGUUGGCCAGGUAAAAAUUGGGGAUUUUGGGCUAGCGGCGCUGGUCGGGAAGAACCACGCUGCGCAUUCCGUGCUGGGGACGCCGGAGUUCAUGGCCCCGGAGAUGUACGAGGAGGACUACACGGAGCUGGUCGACAUCUACUCGUUCGGGAUGUGUGUGCUGGAGAUGGUGACCCUCGAGAUCCCCUACGGCGAGUGCGACAACAUCGCCAGGAUCUACCGGAAGGUGACGACCGGGGUGAGGCCGGCGGCCUUGUCCAAGGUCAAGGACCCCGAGGUGCAGGCCUUCAUCGAGCGGUGCCUCGGCAAGCCGAGGGCUCGGCCCUCUGCCUCCCAACUCCUCACGGACCCGUUCUUCCAGGGCCUCGACGACGACGACACUGCCUCCCCGCCGCCUCCGCCCCCUUGCCCACCCGCAGAAAGGGCCAUCAGCGCCUUCUGAAGCGCGCCCGUUCCUGCGUCAUCAGCUGCCGGCGGUGCUGAUGUCCCUUUUACCUCCGGAUUAAUCGAGCUAACUUAACGCACGUCGACUCCUUGAUUCCCUUUUUAAGUGUAGAUAGUAACUUCGUUCAUUGGGAGUUCGAAUAUUUUAUUCCUUUGAUCUCAUUUUUUCACACUGAUUUUGAGAAUUGUUGUUAUUUAUGUUGUUUUUAUCAAUCAUUUUUUAGAUCACAA